AUGGCCUUCUCUCUCCAGGAAGCUCUCGAACAGAUCCGCAGCGACAAGAUCAAGGAACGUCAGCAAGGUCUCGAAGCACUCGAACACAUCUUCUCCGACCUGGACAAUGUUUACAACCUCGAGUCUAAGCAGGAUGGCAAAGCAUGGCUCAAGGUCUUCCAGUCCCUCUUCGCCUGCGUGCUCGCCGAGAAGGCGGCAUGUAUACGCAAAGGCUCCUUCUCCGAUGCGCAACCGGUGGCUCUGGCUCGGCUGCAACGAGCAGCGCAGGUGCUUCGCUCUCUCGUUCAAGGAGCCGCAUCUCUGCUCACUCGCAAGGUCGUCAAGGCUCUCUUGACACACAUCCUUCAGAUGCUCAACCACCGCGGAACUCUUCUCCGCCCUAUUGCUCCUGCCUACAUCUCUGCACUCUGCGCUAUCCUCAAGCAUCAGCACCAUGUCGAUCAUCUCGAUCCCGAAGAUUGGUGUACUGCCUCUUCGCUCUGCUUCGACAUUCUUCUCGGACGAGACCUCGAAGGCACAGCUGCCGCCACCAAUCCCCAAGAAUGGCUUGCAUUGAUUCCUGCUCCUCCCUCCGCCAGUACGAAUCGCCGUACUCUCAGUCUCGAGGAUGCAGUGACAGCAGAGUCUCUUCGACACCUUAUGGCCUCCACCGUCGCUCCUCUCCUUGGCUCUCAUGGCUAUGGUCUCCAGCUCCUCGCUGAUUAUACCCGAUUCUUCCUCUUCUUCGACGUCGAAUCAUCCGCUCAUUUGCCUGCCAUGACUGCUUUCGUCACCUUGAUCGAGCAUCUUGAGCUCAAUCACACCCGAGAGGUCAUCUACUCCACGCUCGUCUUGCGUCGCAUCCUCUUCUAUCUCUGGGACACCAAGAAUCGUCUCUUGAAAAUCCAGCUUCUCCUCUUCCUACGCAUCGUUUCCCCUCUCAUCGCAUCCUGCGCCACUAAACAGACUGAGGUCGGCCUGUCCCAGGACCAUCCCAACUUUGCAGCUCUGCGCAUCGAGGCGGCUGACUUCCUUGAGCUCGCUUACGACACCCUCCUCCGAGAUCCCCAAACUCGCUGGGGCCUCGAGCCGAUGAGACUCGACGCACUUGUCUUUCAUUGGCCACAGCAGUCCCAAACGGGCUCCUCUAAAUCAUCUUCCGUCCUCUGCAACUCGGCCUUUCAUCUGGGUCCUUACUCCGCCGAGCAAGAUACUUUGGCAUGGUGUCGUCUUACCCUUCAGGUCGAUCUUCUCGAGGCUCUAGUUUUGAUGGAUCACCUUUCAGAGGAGAACGGCACCUCUCCUGCCAAUCAUCGCGUUGGCGCAGCCGACGAGCCCGCCCCAUCUCUGGCAACAUCCAGCCAGCCUUCAUCCACUCCAAAGAAUGUCUCGAAUGCGAAACGUGGAAUAGGCCCUACAGCUUCCAGCCCACAGAAAAGGAGAAAGAUGGAAAGAUCCAUCAGGUCUGUCAAAUUCUCCUGGCUUCGGCACCUGCUCAACAUCAUCACAGGCACCGAACAGACAUCUCCUCCGACAUCUGCUGCGAGGCUCUGUGCUCUCCAGCUACUCACCUUUGUUGUGCUCACUCAUCCCGACUUUAUCGGACACGACAAUGUUGGAGACGGCGUUCAGAAAAGACUCCUUCAACUCCCGACCAACACUGAUGCACAUAUCAUAUCCUGGAGUUACGUUGCUCUCGGUGCUAUUGCGAUGACCUACGAUACGGCAAACACCAAGAUCACUGAUAGCAACUUCAACUGGAUCAAGACUCCAUCAGGCCGAUUUGCUUCGUCACAUGCGAUGCAAAGUCUACAGCUCGCAGAUACUUGUCGCGCUGCAGCGUUUCUGCAAAGCAUCUUGCUGGUCAGAGGAGCGAUUCCCGAGGAUGGGGAGGUGUCCGCCCUCUCUCGCUUCCUCGCCGAAGUCGACCUUCAGGGGCCACCGAUUCUUUGUGAUAGCGUCUGCCAUCUGAUGGCGCUGGUUCUGCUUCGCACUGCCUCCGACCGCAAAUAUCAGCAUUUGGAUCCGAAACGAAAGAUCGGAGCUUGGUUUUCCAACACCUACUCGCCCGUAGAUGCCUUUCGCUCAACAUCGUCGACAUCGAAUGGUCGAUCUGCAGCCAUGUUUCUCCCCUAUCACGAUCUGCUUCGUCUGUUAGACUGCAUCGUCACCGAACGAAGGUCUGGCUAUCCAGACACAACAUGCAUGAGCGACAUCACCUACACUGACAGCAUUGCUGAGUUCAUGCGCCGUCGCGCUCAAUUGCAACCUUUGCGCGACCUCACACUCAAAUCCUGCAUCAGUGUGGCAGCAGAGGCGAACAAUCCCGUACCCAAGGAAGCACCGGAAGACACCCCACCCCUGUUAUCGGCGGAGUCCUAUGAAAGAAUGAUCUCGGUCCUGGACAAAAAAGUCAUGGCUUGUGCUGAGGCGCUCAAAGGACUCGUAGGCGAGCUCGGCUCCCAGCCCUCAGCCUCCUGUCAGGCUGCGAUAUCAGCCUUGCAUGUUGCCAUGCUUACUGUCGAGAUUCGGGCCCGUUCGCAUCCGCGAAGCAGUGUGUCUCGCCAUCCGCGCAUCCGUUCCGACUGCCAAGUCAUCAUGAAGCUUGUCGACGUUGCCUUUACUUCGAAGAGCAUGUGCGUUGACGAAUGUAAACUGGUCAUCCAACAACUGGGUCUCCUCGUCCCGUCUGGCAUCCUCUCAGCUUCAGGUGAUGCACCAUUCACCAGUCUGCUUCGCAUCCCUGGCGCAGCAAGCGGCAUCGCAGCCAACAGUGGUAUCACGCCUUUUCAAUCCCACACAGCCGUGUCACGAUCCCUUGCCUUCGACGAUUCCCACAAGCGCUUUUGGGUGGCGAUCCAAGAUGCCGAAAUGGCGGAAGCAAUGAUGUCAUGCUGCGAGCGAGUCCUCGAACGCGCACUGCUCGGUGAUCAACAAUUGGAGAGUCAGCUGGCGUCCGCAUCUGGAGCGAACAAUCGCGACGCCUUCGAUGACAUGCCCGAGAGCGGAUCGUCGAGCCAGAGGCGUGCAUGGAGCACCGAGGCACAGUCGUGCAUGCAAUCAACGCAGCACAUCGUCAGCGUGGUUCUCCGUCUGCUUGGCGAGGUACCCAGGAUCGUCUCGGGAAAUGCAGACUCGCAACGCGACGAACGAAUCGUCUCGCUGUUCUUCGACUGUCCCGUGGAAGCCAUCAUCUCCCUGGCACCCGUACUCCUCGAAUCGCGAAGCAUUGGUACGCUGUGGAUUAGCCAGCGCGACCUCGUCGAUGCUCUCGAUCGCAUUGGCUCGGAGCUACUGACUUCGUAUCACUUCGCCAAGCUACCUGCAGCGAGGAUUGCUGCAGUGAAUGCCGUGGCCCAUGCUGUACCUUUACUGCUCGAAGAGCUGGACGAGCAGUCGGAUUUGUUCGACAAGGUGCAGAAGCUGGCUAUCUUCUUCGCAGAUCAGAUCGGCAGGACCAAGUGGCCAGCUCCAUGGCAGGUUCAAGUGGCCUGCGCUGAAUUUCUCGCCACUUGCCUUCGUCUCGAUCCGGAGGGACGCAUGUGUCAGUCCGGCAGCGCACGUGGACCCGCCUUCUCACCGCUCAACGCAUUGCUCCAGGUCAAUGCCGACGCCGACAUUCGCGUUCGUGCCCUAGGAUCAUCGAUCGCUUCCACUGCAUUCGACUCUGUGUCAAGCGACGAGGCGCAUAUUGCCGGCAUCUACUCGACGUUUCGCGAUGGGCUACCGAGUGAUUCGAGCAUCCCUCAGAAAAUCCUCACUCGAGCCCUAAGCUUGUGCAAUGUGGCCAUCGCCAAUUCGUCCGUUCGUAGGUCCUCGCUCUUCCAUCUACUCGAGAUCGUUCUGGCGACCGGCAUGUUGCCAGUCACUGUUCAGCAAUUGUUCGCACAGGUUGCUGUACGUCUAGGCUUUGCAGAUGCACCGAGCUGCUAUCAGGCCUUUGCGGCGCAAAUAACUUGGGGCAUGGCGACUAACGCUUAUGAUCCACUGCAGCUGCCUUGGAAGGUGCUAGGCUUCUCCAGCAAGCGCGAAUGUCUGGAAGCCACCUUCGCUGCCUGUGGCAGUAUGCUCCUCGCCCUUCAAACCCCUGAGGGAAGAACGCAGUUCGACACGCUCGUGCAUCUUACUAGGCGAACAUCUCAGCAAGCCCUGCAAGAAUGCCUCCCUUUCCUAACAGCUGCCUAUCUAGGCUUUGCCGUCGAAGCAGGCCAGAGAGAUGGGCCAACCGAUCUGCCCACCAUCUGCCAGCAAGCAUUACACGAAUUGUCAAUGCUCGGCUUUGCGGAGAGUGACAAUCACUCUGAGCUGCGUCAAAUGAUCACCAAUGCCGACGACCUCAUUGUGACCACGCUGCUGUCGCUCUACCACGAACCGGGCGUCGAUAUAGCAGGGAGCCGGCGGUCAGCCGUGCAAGCCCUCACGCAGCAAGGAGCCGCAUUGGGUGAGGCUCUUUCGGCUCUGACUCCAGCGACGAACGGCUCUGCUGCAUCUCUACACGAGCCAAGCCGACCUUUCUUCCCAUCUGCUGUGGUCUGCACGGCACUGUCAGCGUUGCCCGGCCUCGGGAUCGAGCCCUUCCGCAAGGAUGUGAUCUACAACGUGUUGCGCCAUCUUUUCUAUCAGAUCGCAUCCUCACGGUUCGUCAACGAUCAAUUGCGACUGUGCGCUACCUUGCGAAUCUACCUUGCUAUGUGUGGCGACGCAUUCUGGACAGAUCAACUCAAUGCACGCCUGCUCAUCAGGAGCAUUGACCAGCUACUCGACCAGCCUCAUCUGCGGGACGACUUUCGACCCAUUCUUGUUCAUGCCUGUAACCAUUCGCAAGUCGCUGAGCAGUCUUCAGAAGCUUUAGUGUCAUGCAUCCUUACCUGGUCCAAUGCACUGUCAGUCGAGCUGGAUCAGAAGGCCGACAUUGGCGACUGGCUAUUCGACGCCGCUCGUGCGGUUGCCAAAUCAUCAUCCGUGGCGACGUCCGCCAUAGUGCUCCUGUGGCCUGUCCAAGUUACCGCGACAGAGCUUGUGUCGGUUGAAGGACUGAUCGACGUCGACACCUUGUCUUUCGCCCUCGACGCGUGUCCACGCACUGCCCUCCAGAUGGCAUCGCUGCAUCGCAUUCGAGCCGUGCUCAGGAAGACGAACAAGUCGCACCUCCGUGCUUUCUGCCGCCAGUCAGCAUGGAAGCUGUUGCAGCGCAUGGCUGACUGUCGAACCGCCGAUCAGGAUCGUGCCAGCGGUGAAGCGCAAAGCGAUGUGAUCAGCGACAUCUUCACAAUCGUCAUGAGUAGCGGCGAGGUGGCAUCGUUCGAGCGGAGUGGGCGCCGCGGGAUGGGUAAUGGUCACCAGAUACCCUGUGAUAUGUUCCUUAACACUGUCGACACCAGUCAGAUCAGCGGUCUUUAUGCCGCAGCUAUCCUUGCAAUUCAUCAGCUGGGGCAUAGUUUUAUCCUGGAGCAAAAUUAUCAGGCCUUCGAGACGUUGCGCAACAUCGCCGCAGCCAGCCAGGGCAGUCUUGUAGCAGCCCAUUCCACCAAGGUACCCGCACAGACUCGACAGGAACUCGAUCGGAUUCGCCCCGGUAUCAGUCCGCUCGUCCCCAGCGGAGCACCACCGCAGGCUGACGAUCUGCUGGAACCCGACUUGAGAGACACAGCAGCUUCUCCCAAUCGUUGGGUCUGCAACAUUGCCUCCUUGCUAUGUGAUGUCCUCUUUGCCGCACGACGUCAGCCCAUCUUCCGUCCCAUCGCCUCAUUUGUGUCCAACGAUGCCGAAGCAGCGCGAGCUCUUCUCCCGAUCUUACUUCUCUGCUUCACAAGCACCGACAUCGAGCUAGAAACACCGUCACCACCGACCCGGUCCAGUGCCAAGAGACGUACCUCAGGGAAGCAUUCGCAACCGCCAACACAAGAAACCAUACGCGAGAGCUUCCGUGCAGCAGUAGCGAAACAUUUCGAGCAGGUACUGAAAACAAGCACUUCCGACCCGGCAUGCAGCGAGAUCAUCGUAGAGUCUCUCUUGGCGGUGAGGUCGUUUCGCCCGAUGCACGAAGAACCGGACAAGGUUUGCUACUGGUAUAACGUCGACACGAACCUACUUGCACAGCGAUGCAUCGCCUGUGGCAUGUUCUCGGCAGCCAUCUUCUUCGUUGAGCAUGGUUCAUCGCACCAGGGCGGGAGCCCAGCAUCUGGCGAGCCUGCCGUCCGAACAGGGACGAAUUUGCUCCACGAAGCGUACAUGAAUAUUGAUGAUCCUGAUGCAUUUUACGGAAUCACAGAUGGAGAUGUGCGAGAGUUGCUUCUUAAGCGGCUGCACCAUGAAGGACAGUGGCUAAGGGCCUUUCAGUACCACGCCGCUGACUUUGAGGCUUCGAGCUCGGAUGGCGUGCGUCGAUUAGGCUCCGAAGGUCGAUCGCUUCGUCAGAGCCUUUCGUCGCUAGGAUUUAAUCGCCUAUUCGACAGUGUCGGUCCGCGUUCAGAGGCUGGACUCAGCCUGGCCGUCAUCCCUUCAUCGUACUAUGGCAUCAUUGGAGGCAGUUGGGACCUACCCGGAGCUGUACCGGCGGCGACCAGCAAAGACCAUAAUCUUGACACUGUGCUCCAGGCACUACGUCAACUUGGCUCAGAGAACGAUGCAGAUCGGGCCUUAUCGAUAACGAUCCCAUCGCAAUUGCAGGCGCUUUGCUCGACGCCCAUCGAGAGCAUCUCAGCCAUGCGGGCUAUUGAAGGUGAGCUGCUCGCCUUGAGUCAAGUCAAAGAAUGGCGCAAGGCUUCGGCCUCGCUCGGAGCUGAUGAAGCCGUUGCGCAUCUUCGAGCUACCUGGACAAGCGUAAACAGCGACCAUCACUUUGAUGUGACGGAAAAAGUGCUCAACACCCGUCGGUCGGUGCUACAAGCGGCGCGACAGCGUUUAUCGAGGAUGCAGAUCGGCGAUGCUCUUGAUGGCCCAGCAGCGGAAGCAGGAAAGGUGGAGCGUUCACUGUUGGUCCUGCUCAGUCGACAGGCUCGUGAGCAUGAAAAUCUGCAGAAGGCCAUCAAUGCGACCGCGAGAGCAGAGAGGAUCGAAAAGGCGAUCGACGAUGGUGCCAACGUAGCACGAGAAGAGUUUGCUGCUGUGCUUUGGGAGCAGAAGGAGCACUCGCCUGCCAUGCAGCUGCUCUCACAGAUUGUCGACGAUCUCAGUGUCAAGGCCAGUUCUCCAGCUCCUCAGAAGCGUCGAGGCGCACGUUUGCUGGCGUUGCUGGCGCAGUGGCGUGCUACUGCCCGUUCACAGCAUCCUAGGGAGAUCGAUCGAGCGUUGUUCGAGCCGGCUCUGAGGCUCAUCGCAUCGUCGAACACGCCCGAGACGGCGACAUCGUUGAGAGAUCCAGCUGCAGCAGGGGAGCAGUGCGAGAUUGCUUACCGGUGGGCGCGAUUCGCAGAGGAACACCAUCGCGGGUCCGAUCUGGCCGAGAUCACACGUCUUCGUCUCUACAUCGAUCGACGACUCGAGGAGAUUGCACAGAACCAACGCGAGUGCGAAAGGACGACCUCGAAAACAGAGCGUGGCAAGUUGCUUCAAUUUCAGCGACAGGCUGAGAAGAUGCUUCGGCAGGAUCAGACUCGUCUGACGGAGCUCGAGGCAUCGAGGACACACUUCCUGCAUCGCAGUGUAGCCAUGUAUGCCAGAGCGCUGGCGUCUGCCGACGCCCACGAUGAUGCGGUCGCAAGGCUCAUCUCGCUCUGGUUUGAGAACGCAGCCGAGGCUGGUCUCAACCGCCUGUUGACCACCUCCCUCUCCUCGAUUGCAUCGCGCAAGUUUGUCGCACUGAUGCACCAGCUCUCAGCUCGAUUGACGGAAGUAUCGGAUUCCAGCGACAGCAUGACGCCCUUCCAGACCAAUCUGGCGCAGUUGCUGCUGCGCAUGUGUCAAGACCAUCCGUUUCACUGCCUCUACGCUGUCUUUGCUCUGAUCAAGACAGGGGCAGACGCGAAGGCGUCUACGCAAGGCCCAAGCCCCAGGAACUCUUUGGGUCCUUCGGAAAGCUCAUCUUUAUCGCCUUCACCCCAGAUUCUACGGUCCACGGCUGCGGAGAAGAUCUGGAAUCACAUCAAGCGGCGUCCUGCGCUCAGCAAGAGGAUCAAGGCAUUCGAGGAGCUAUGCUUGGCCUACGUCGAAUGGGCCGAGUAUGAUCUCACUUCACGCCCGGAUCGCUAUUUUCAGAGCAGUGGAAGCGUCAAGAAGGGCGCGCUACGCAUGCCACCCUCGGGCGAGUUGAGGUUGGCCCGCAUGCGAAGUGUAGAUGUGCCAGUUGCAACUGCGCGUCUCGAAAUCGAUCCAACGUGCCGAUACGAAAGCUUUGUGUCGAUCACAAGGUACAGCGACACAUUCACAACUGCCGGAGGCAUCCAUCUGCCCAAGAUCAGCGAGUGCAUCGGCAGCGACGGCAAGCGAUACAAGCAACUGUUCAAGCGUGACGAUGAUCUGCGACAAGACGCUGUGAUGCAGCAGGUGUUCCGCGUGGUGAACGAGCUGCUUCACGCGGACCGCAAAACCCGAGAGCGUCGUCUCACUAUUCGAACGUAUGCCGUGCUGCCGCUUGGUCCACAGUGUGGCAUGCUCGAGUUUGUCUCCAAUACGGUACCGCUGGGCGAGGUGCUGCUCGCGUUGCAUGAGAAGUAUCGAGGCAAUGACCUGACGCCACUGCAGGCAAGAGCCAAGAUUCGUGAUGCGCAGAGUCUGCCGGCCGAGACGAAACUGGAAGCAUUCCUGGACGUGUGCGAAAGGAUGCGCCCGGCCUUGCACUACUUUUUCAGUGAGGCUUCCAGGAUGCCGAGGGACUGGUACGAGACGCGGCUGCGCUACACUCGGAGUGUCAGCACCAACUCGAUCGUAGGGCACACGCUGGGACUGGGCGAUCGACAUGUCUCGAAUAUCCUGCUGGAUAAGGAGAGUGGAGAGUUGGUGCACAUUGACUUUGGCGUUGCCUUCGACCAAGGCAAGCUGCUUCCGAUCCCAGAGCUGGUGCCGUUCCGACUGACACGUGACAUUGUAGAUGGUAUGGGUGUCAAUGGCGUCGAAGGCACAUUUCGACGUUGUUGCGAAGAGACUCUACGAAUGCUCAGAGCUCACCGAGAUGUUAUCAAGACGGUGCUCGAGGUGUUCCGGCACGAUCCACUGUUCGCUUGGACAUCAAACCCGAUCAAGGUGUUGCAAAGGCAAGCGGAGGAAGAAAGUUCAUUGCCGGCUGCUAGCAUAGAGCGAUCGGGCGUAGUUGCGAGCGGUGGAGGCCGAUCUACACCUGCACCAACGCCAACAGCAAUGCUUACCGUCGCACGUGGAUCAAGUUCGCGAUCAACUACACCGUAUGGCAUGCACGGCGAGGUGGCAAGUGGGAUCGGGACCGAUACGGCCGAGUUGAGUGCAGAUCGUGCGAUCACAUCGGUGAUGGCCAAGCUCUCCUCGUCGCUGAGCAUCGAAUACACGGUCAACGACUUGAUCCAGCAGGCGAUGGAUGCAGGCAAUCUAUCAGCCAUCUUUCAUGGAUGGCAGGCAGCAUUGUAA